AUGCAAGCUCAUGGUGUCCCUCAGGAGGUGAUCACCGUGGUCCAGCAACUGCACAAGGACGCCCAGUAUAUCUACAACGUCGGCUCCCAUCGUGGCUCAAGGGUUACCACAAAUGGCAUCAAACAGGGCUGUGUCAUAGCGCCAUACCUUUGGAAUUACUUCUCGGUUGCCUUUCUCUUGCUCCUUCGGGACAAAAGAAGCCUUGCAUGGAUUCAGCAGAUCCUGUCGUUAUUUGCAGAUGACGUGUGGGGGGCUUGGGAAAUUACUGAAACCACCCAUCUUGACAAAGCCUUGGAUGACAUAUCACUAAUCCUGGAAACCCUUGAGACCCUCGCCAUGAAAGUGAACUACAGCAAAACUGCAAUUUUGCUAAAGCUUGUUGGCAAGGACGCGGCCCAUCACAGGCGUGAGCACACCUUCAUGAAGGCAGGUACUCUCCACCUUAAAAUCCAGGUUCAUGGAAGGGAGUGUGGCGUCCCCAUAAAGGACAAACAUGAAUACCUGGGCACUGUUGUCACAUAUCACCACCGCCUGCAGCGCAACCUGCAGUGCCGCAUAAAAGCCAGUGCUGCCAGGUACCAAGGCCUACGCAAGAUCCUGAAUGGAUCUCACCAUCUCUCCGUGCGACACAGGCUGCGCCUGUGGCAGGCCUGCAUCUGCACCAGCAUGUUCUAUGCCUUACACGUGGUUGGCCUCAACUCCUCCACCCUUAGCACCCUAACGACCCACCUCACCCGGCACCUCCGCGCCAUUUUACGUAUCCCCGCCCAUCUGACUCAUAUCACAACGAGCGAAGUCUGGCAAAGAGCAGAGCUUCCCAUGCCAGGCUGGACCGUGCAACGCUUCCAGCUCCAAUUGCUGGCCAAGAUCGAAACUCGGGCUCAGUCGGAGCCCGACAUCACCACUACCAGCACAGCCAUCGAUCAUAUGCGUGCUCAGGCCUCCUCCCUGGAAGCUCUACUCCUGGACAUGGCGGCAGGCUUGGUCAAAGCUCCGCAGCCGGAACCCAUGGUCAGCUGCCCCCUCUGUCAGGAAAAAUUUACCACAGAGCAUGCCAUGCGCAUACACUGCGGCGUCAAGCAUAAGUCUGUGCCCAAGCACUCUACCAAGACCCCUACCACCUUCAAACCGGAGCUUCACGCCAAAGCAGGCAUGCCGGCCUGCCAACUUUGUGACCGCCAAUUCUGGAGGUGGAAACACCUCGUUUCUCACAUUGAAACCGGAGCCUGCGGCAAGCUUGGAGGUGACAGCGCCAUCCGAGCGCCUAUGCCCGAGGACCACGUCCCUGAGCCGAUCCGACAACCGCCAACGGCGGAGCUUAGCAUUUUUGAGGAUGAAAACACAGCUAACACGCCCCUGGUAAAGCGUCGUGUUUUUCUGCAGAGCCUCGCAACAUGGGAGCAAUGGUUGAAAGUGCCAGCUGUCCGCCUCGAGCUCAUGCACCACUGCGCACUGUGCCAUUACUGGGUAGCUGACUUCCGACAUGUUAAGCAACACAUAAAUCGUGUCCAUUCCGAAGAUCAUCCUGAUCUCAUGCCCCGAGCCCUCAACCUCUGUAAGAGCUUUAAAUCCCACCUGCGGCGAGACAGCAAGUGCAUCUGGUGCAACCACAAGGUCGGAGCCCCGGGCAGACAUGUCACCCAGUGUACUCCACUGGUGCAGCUGUGCCUAGCAGUCCUGAUGAUGGAUCUGGCUUUCAACGAAGAGGCAGAAAUAUUUGCCAACUGCUGGCAAGGCCAGCCAGAGUUCCUCAUGACACCGGACGGCCGCUCCCAGAAGAGGCCCCGCCCGAAUCAGAUGACUCGAUGGCCCGACCGUCAACAGCCCUUCUACCCGCACCGUGGCAACCUCCCGCAGGGAAGCCACCCCUUCAACAGGCAGCAGCAGCAGAUGCUUCAGGAUCCCGUACGGCUCCUAACCAGGGUGGUCCUACAGCAGGAACAGGUGAUCAGCCGGCUGAGGCACGACAAGGCCUUCGUUCUCUUCAUGAAACAGGGGGAGGAUGGAACUCUGGGAGCCCUCAUGCGUGUAGCCCGCGAGUGGAACACCAAAAAGACCCAGGAUCCCGACAACAAGGUGCUUCGCUCCCCGCUACGAACAGUACUACUCGCCAGCAUGGUCAAGGAACUCCUGAACCUGGCUCAGCAGGCUGUGGCAACCGAGGAGAACAAAAACAAGAUGAUCAAAGCCGAGUGGCUUACCGCCUCCACCGAGUGGAACUACCGAGUGUGGAACCACACCGACCGCCGCCUCGUGGUGGACACGACGAAACACCCACUACAGCACGCCGAGAUCAUCCGCAUCCUCAACCACCUCCUCGAGAACCUCACGGGGGAGGCCAUCCAGCGCUUCAACUCCACGGUUCAGCUCUCGAAACUGGAGCAGCAGGGAGCCCAGGUGGCAACCUUUGCACUGGAAGUCUCCCUUCGGGGAGCAACGGCGGCAGAGCUGUAUCACAACUUCGAGCGUCUAUGUGGAAAUGCAGUCAUGUGCCUGAUCGGGGUGUCCAUGAAAAAGGACACCCUCCCUCAGACACCUCUCGCCAAAAACCUGGCGAACCUCAUCUACCAGAAGUAG